ACUUUCAUGUUUGGUUGCCGUUUCUCCUCUGUCUUGUCAGCUGUGAUUAGGUUACACGUUGCACUUAAACGUACUGAUAAUUUAUAUAUUCUUGAGCUGCGUUAUAAAUAAGGUGUUUAUUUUAUAGAGCAGAAUAAUAUUAAGUAUACAAAAUGUCCGGAAAAGGUAAUAAAGCUUUUACAAAAGAGGAGGAACUUUUGCUUCAAGAUUUCAGCAGAAAUGUGUCAACGAAAUCUUCAGCAUUAUUCUAUGGAAAUGCAUUUAUUGUUUCUGCGAUUCCCAUUUGGCUAUUUUGGAGAGUACACGCUUUGGAAGUGAGCCCUUCACUUGCAUGGUUUGGCGUGGUAACAACUGCCAGCACUUGGUUGUUAGCCUUAGCAUACCGUAACACUAAGUUUCAGCUAAAGCACCGUGUGGCUGUGCGCCGGGAAGACGCAGUCGCUAGGGAGAUGACCAGGAAGUUGGCUGAUGAUAAGAAAAUGAGCAGAAAAGAGAAAGAUGAGAGGAUUCUUUGGAAGAAGAAUGAAGUGGCUGACUAUGAGGCAACAACUUUCUCCAUCUUCUACAAUAAUGCAUUGUUCCUGACAAUUGUCAUCCUUAGCAGUUUCUACAUUCUUCGCUCAUUCACACCAACUGUUAACUAUAUUGUGUCUUUGACAGCGGCAUCUGGAUUUUUGGCACUGUUGUCCACAGGAACAAAAUGAAAAAAGAAUGUUGACUGAGUGAUGUGCUUUAGAUGCCUGAUCUGCACAAAUAUCGAAGCACAACACAACAGAGUCUAUACUCAAUUUUAAGUUAUUUAAGUGAUGUGCUCGUCAUGGUCGCAUUCUGUUAAUAGAUUUAA